UUAUUUACCAGUAGCAGCAAAUGAUAUAAAAUUCAGUUUGUUAUACGACCAUAGGCAGUUUACAGUAGGGAAAUUUGGAGUCAUGUUUGAGCUGUGCAGCCUGUAGCUCUUUUAAAGGCAGACAGUCCAGCAGCAGUCUUCACAACCAUUUGCAUCCAAGGACCGAAAUAAAGACAUUUCCUCAUGACUUGAGCUGCGAGACUUGACCCCAAAUCAUGACAAUGACCUUCUUUGGAAAACUGAAGAACCUACACAGUGGACCUCCAGCUCCACCCAGGAGGACAGAUAACAAUGCAGAAUUUGCGUGGCCAAAGGAUGAAUUUGAUGAUGAGGAAGGUGACAUGUAUGAAGUGCCUCCCUGUGAGCGUCCGGCUGUGAAAGUCCCACAGAGACAAGUGGAGGAAAACGUUUAUCUGGAGAGGACGUCCAAUCCUUCUCCUCCACAGAGGCAGGCUGCUCCUCCACCACCCAGACCAGUCAAUCUCUUGAAACCUCAACCACGUUCUGAGGAUUUCUUCCAUGAUCCCAAAACUAAGAAACCACCUGAGAUAGACAGAAGUGAGAAGCCUGGGAGAAAGCUGAUGCCUCCUCCACCGGUCCCCUCUGCUCCAGCUCCAGUCCCUGCAUCCAACACUGAGGAAGAUGUGUAUCUGGAUCCAAAUGAAGAACAGGAAGAUAAUGACGACCUGUAUUUAGAGCCUACAGCUGCUUGCCCUCCUCCCUCUCGUGGGCCAGUAAGGAUGUCUCUAUCUCCCAAGACAGCCCUUGUACCCUCUCCCAUUUCCAUGAAGAAGCCUCCGGUUCCCAGAGCUCAGUCUAAUUCAUUCUUGCCCUCCUUAAAUGAGCUAAAAAUGGCUCCUUCAGCUGAAGUAAGACGUACCACAUUUCCUACCAAACCCCCUCCACCAACCCCCAGUUUUAAGCCCCCUCUGCCAGCAAACCUGAAGGAAGCCAAACCCAGCCCUCUGAAUCCUCCUAUGGCAGACACUAAGCUUGUGGCCUCCUCUGGUGGUGUGAGGGCAACCAAACAAUGUGGAAACAAGGACAAAGAAUGGUUUGCUGGAGACUGCAACAGAAAGGCAGCUGAGGAUCUCUUACUGAGGGUCAACAAGGACGGUGCCUUUCUCAUCCGACACAGCUCAGCCCAAAGCACCCGACAGCCGUACACCCUCGCUGUGCUCUACCAGCAGAAGGUGUACAACAUUCCUAUCCGCUUCCUGGGGGACACACAAGGUUACGCCCUUGGAAAAGAGGGCAAGAAGAAUGAAGAGAUUUUUGGCACCCUCAACGAGAUGAUUUCUCACCACAAGAAUAACCAGCUGCUUUUGAUAGACAGCAAGAGCCACGCCAAGCACACAGCGUAUUUAACCCACCCUGCACGGCCUUAAACCACAGGACUAGGAGCUUCUCUCACACUGUAUUCAUGUGGGUUAUUUGAGGAUAACUGCACAGUUUGAAAGUUUACUGUGUGUCACCAAAGUGUAACUACAACUCAGAAAUGAAAUCAGUCACACAGCUAAAAGCACUGUUUCUUUAUUUUGUUUAUAGAUUGAUAUAGACAAUCCAAAAUUUUAAUGCACUGAAAUAUUAGCAGAGAUUACGUAAAUGUCACAAACAGUUGCUCCAACGGUUUAACUCAGCUGACAACAGCAUAAACUUAAAGUUUGACGAAGUGAUUUUCCUGCUCUGUCAUCACUUCAGCAACGACUGCACAAGGUUAACUGCUCUCUACUGAAAAGGAAAAUGUGUCACUGUAUUACUGUAACAGUCAUUUAGCCUGGAUGUUUCUGCCUUUGGAUGAAGAAGUGAUGAUGUUGCUAUCAGUUGACUGUAUCGCUGACUCUUAAUCAUAGAAACUGUGUAUUUCUGCUGUUAGAAGAUAUGAAACCACACCACAAUAGCCUUCCAGUGUGCAUCAAUCUUUGUGCCUUCUGCUCGUUUUCAUUAUCACUGUGAAGUCAUGUGUGAUGAACUGUUGAGAUAAAUGUUUCCAUGAAUUAGUCAUUUUAGUCACAAGUACAGGUUUGGGGUGUAUUUUUCUUUCGAAGUUUAGUUUAGUUUGAUUACUUUGUUUUUAAAUAUACAUUGUGUGUUACAGGCAUCCUUGUCAGUGCGAUAUUGUAGAUAUUGUGCAAUAUAAAGUCAAAAUGUUCCUGCUUUACAUUAUUUAAUUGUAUUUGUUUUACAACAGUUCCCUAUAUUUCCUGUUGUUGAUCAGUUACCAUCAGUUAACCGGAACCAAAACAUUUAUUUGACUUCCUGUGGUGUGUGUGUGGUUUAGAUCAGGGACACUCAACUUGCCUGGGAACCACUUUUGCAAAAUUACAGGAGGCCAGGGGUGAUUUAAUAAACAAACAUGAAAAAUUAGUAUAUAAAUGAACAGCCUGGACCUCUGUCUGUGAGAUCCUCCCCUGCCACCAUUUUUACAUUUUACAUUAUUAUUACAUUUAAAGUACAAAAAAAAAAAAGUGUAAAUCAAUUUAUUUUCAUUUUGAAUUAGAAAAUGGUUGGCAGGCCAUCUGGCACCCUGUCGUGGGCCAAAUUUGGCCCU